ACGUUUAAUUUCCUCAGCAAUUACAUUUUCACAAUCUAACUUAUUUAGAGCGUGCUAGGUAACGUUCCCUGAUUCGGUCUAAUUUAUAAUUAAAAUUGAUGCUUCGGACAUUGUCUUUUCAUCCUGAAGUUGGCUUUGAUUGUGAACGGUUUAGCUAUCUGACAGCUUGGUACAGUUAGCUGGAAGAGAAGGUCGAUGUUGGUUUCUUAAUAUCGCCAUUUUCCUCAAUGAGCUGACAUCAGCAACUGAGGAUGUUCAGGGACAUUCCCCGGGAUGCGCUUCUGCGCCCCCUGACUCGGAAUGAAGUGGUCGGCAUGCUGUUGAGACUUACGAUAUUUGGCGCUGCAACCUACUACAGUAUCAAAUGGGUGGUGGAUGCCUUGGACCCCACACACAAACCAAAGAUGCGGGCCAAAAAAAGGGCAGAGCAGCUGCUGAAACAGCUUGGAGUGGAAGGUGUUACUUUGAAUGAAUAUGAGAUGAGCAUUGCCACUCAGCUUGUGGAUCCACGCAGCAUGAAGGUGACGUGGAGAGAUAUCGCUGGUCUUAAUGAGGUCAUCAAUGAGCUGCAGGACACCGUGAUCUUACCAUUUCAAAAACGCCACCUCUUUGCAGGAUCCAAACUUUUUCAGCCACCCAGAGGCGUGUUGUUGUAUGGGCCUCCGGGAUGUGGGAAAACAUUAAUAGCCAAGGCAACUGCCAAAGCCUCAGGGUGUCAAUUCAUCAACUUGCAAGCUUCCACGUUGACAGACAAGUGGUACGGUGAAUCGCAGAAGCUCACCGCUGCUGUUUUCUCGUUGGCUGUAAAAAUCCAACCUUGUAUUAUUUUCAUUGAUGAAAUAGAUUCCUUUCUGCGAAACCGGUCCUGUCUGGAUCAUGAGGCCACAGCCAUGAUGAAGGCCCAGUUUAUGAGCCUCUGGGAUGGUCUGGAGACUGGAACUGACAUCCAGGUGAUGGUGAUGGGCGCCACCAACAGGCCACAGGAUCUUGACCCAGCCAUCCUGCGCAGGAUGCCCACAACUUUUCACGUUGGUUUGCCGAAUCAGAUCCAGAGACAUGACAUUCUGAAGCUGAUCCUCUCUGGGGAGAACCUGAGCAAUGCCAUCAAUCUUAAGGAGAUCGCUGAUAAGACAGAUGGCUACUCGGGCAGCGACCUGCGGGAAUUGUGCAGGGAUGCGGCCAUGUACCGCGUCAGGGACUACGUCCGCAAGCAGCAGAUGAAGCAGAUCGCCAAGCAGUUGCAGGCGGACGACGAGGAUGAAGAGCCUGUGGGGACACGACUGAGGCCCGUGACACAGCUGGACAUGCUUUUUGGUCUGGACAAAAUGAACGAGUCCAAUCAGGUCACUAUCAAGCCCAGCAGUCUGAAAGAGUCGCCCCUGGAUUGACCUCUGCAGUCGCUGGCCCAUCACCAUACUGAGCCCACGUCUCCCCUCGGCCUGUAUCUGACUGGUUUAGCACUCGACACAUGGCCCUGUUCUGUUGCCCGUACACAUUUAAACCCUAUUCCCUGUUUAUUGUAUGUCCACUGGCUGGCCCACGUAAAUGGUUUUUAAAGCAUAAAAAAGCAGGAUGAUGAAACUUUGAAAGUUUUCCUGGGGGACACAUUUAAACUGUGAACGUGUGUAUAGAACAAACAGUAGUUUGCCAUUGAAUGUCUGCAUGUCUACAGCACUGUUUAAAUACAACAGUGGCAUUAAAAGCUGCUGUAAGUGAUAUUGCUUAGGAUUACCUAAAGUACUUGCUUUGACAUUCAGAAACAGGUACUCUGAGGACAAAAGUGCCUCUAGGACUUUCCUGGGCUCCAAAAGGAAAUGCACUCGCAGUCUGCUUGUGUAUGCGUCAAGAAGUCUCUCUAGAGGCUCACACCACCCUGCGGGUUAGUUUGCACCUUGACAACAUGCUGAAGGAAGUGGGUUGACUGCUGCAAAGGCCAAGUCUUGUGGAAGUUACCAGAAAUGCUAAUAUCACUUACAGCAACUUUUUAAAAGCCAACUGUGUUAAUUAAUGUCAUAUCACUCGGGCACCCCAACAUGUUGUCAUAGUAUGUGUUUGUCUAUUUAUUAAAAGGUGACGUACCAUAUUUA